GUUCUUAUCUCGAAAAAUGUGUUUUAUUUUAAACGUUAGCGUUGCUCGCGUACUUAUUGAGGCGCCGUAAACAACUUUCUGAAUUGGGGGGUUCGCUAAAUAGAGUUUAUAAAAAACGGUGCGCGCGCAACUUUUUGCCCACUCUUAAAAACCAAAUCGCCGCUUUCAGAGUUUGUCUUUAGUUGCGUUUAAAGACGUUUCGUAACCUUCUCCAUUUGAUUUCGACUUUGAACCGCUUCGAAAUAACUCCAAAUCGAUUGUUAUAGUCGCGUUUAAAUCAUAGUUUUAAAAAAAUUCGCACGCGAUGGCUCACUGUAUCAGAGUUUUGCAUGGCCACGGUGCUAAAGUAACCAAAUUAGUUUUAAACGACGUCCAAGCAAGAUGUUUUCAUAUAUCACCUUUAGCCGCUGCCGCAGCGAGGGUUGCUAUGAGCAAAUUCGACCCAGAUUCUUAUUUACCCUAUGAUAGACUCGUGAAAAAUCUACAAGUAGUUCGAAAGAAAUUGAAUAGGCCGCUAUCUUUAUCCGAGAAAAUUUUGUAUUCGCAUUUAGAUGAUCCCGCAAAUCAGGAAAUUGUUAAAGGUGCUUCUUACCUUCGUCUUCGCCCCGAUCGUGUUGCCAUGCAAGAUGCUACCGCUCAAAUGGCGAUGCUUCAAUUUAUCUCUUCCGGGUUAAGUCGAGUUGCAGUCCCCUCGACGAUCCAUUGUGAUCAUUUAAUCGAAGCGCAACAAGGUGGUGAAAAAGAUUUGGCGAGAGCGAAAGAUUUAAACAAGGAGGUUUACGACUUUUUAAGCACCGCCGGAAGUAAAUAUGGGGUCGGCUUUUGGAAACCAGGUUCAGGAAUUAUCCAUCAAAUUAUUUUGGAGAACUACGCCUUCCCUGGAUUGUUAAUGAUUGGAACUGAUUCCCACACUCCUAAUGGGGGUGGUUUGGGUGGAUUGUGUGUUGGAGUUGGUGGAGCGGAUGCUGUGGAUGUUAUGGCGGGAAUCCCAUGGGAAUUAAAAUGUCCCAAAGUUAUUGGAGUUAAAUUAACCGGAAAAUUAUCAGGUUGGACAAGUCCCAAAGAUGUAAUUCUAAAAGUAGCAGGCAUUUUGACAGUGAAAGGAGGCACUGGCGCCAUCAUCGAAUAUUUUGGCGAAGGUGUUGAUUCGAUUUCCUGUACAGGAAUGGGAACGAUUUGCAAUAUGGGUGCGGAAAUCGGUGCAACAACCUCCGUUUUUCCAUUCAAUUCCCGCAUGGCGAGCUAUUUAAAAUCAACGAAUCGCGAUUCAAUCUCUGCAGCAUCAUCCACCGUCCAAAAAGACCUUUUAACCCCCGAUCCAAAUUGCGAGUACGACCAAAUAAUCGAAAUUAACCUAAACGAACUUAAACCUCACGUCAACGGCCCGUUCACGCCGGAUUUAGCCCACCCGAUUUCGACGUUAUCCGAAACGGCUCGCAAAAAUAAUUGGCCAAUUGAUAUUAAAGUUGGGUUAAUUGGUUCUUGCACGAAUUCUUCGUACGAAGACAUGACGAGAUGCGCAAAUUUAGCGAAACAAGCAUUAUCAAACGGAAUUAAAUCGAAAAUUCCUUUUAAUGUAACUCCAGGUUCGGAACAAAUCCGCGCAACAAUUGAACGAGAUGGAAUCGCACAAACUUUAAGGGAUUUUGGCGGCACCGUUUUAGCGAACGCUUGCGGACCUUGCAUUGGACAAUGGGAUCGUAAAGACGUUAAAAAAGGAGAUAAAAAUACGAUUGUUACAUCGUAUAACAGAAACUUCACCGGAAGAAAUGAUGCUAAUCCGGCUACUCAUUGCUUUGUGACUUCCCCUGAAAUGGUUACCGCUUUAAGUAUAGCUGGAACACUCGAUUUUGAUCCCACGAAAGAUGAAUUAACUGGUGCUGGAGGUAAAAAAUUCAAAUUAAGCGCUCCGUUUGGUGAUGAGCUCCCAUCGAGAGGUUUUGACCCCGGUCAAGACACCUACAAAGCUCCCCCUGGUGAUGGUUCAAGUGUGAAGGUCGAUGUUAGCCCGAAAUCGCAACGAUUACAAUUACUUGAACCUUUCGAUAAAUGGGACGGAAAAGAUUUAAUUAAUAUGGCCAUUUUAAUCAAAGUAAAAGGUAAAUGCACCACUGAUCAUAUUUCGGCAGCCGGACCCUGGCUCAAAUAUCGCGGACAUUUAGACAACAUCUCAAACAACAUGUUUAUUGGUGCUGUUAACGCCGAAAAUGGUGAAAUGAAUAAAAUUAAAAAUCAAUUAACUGGUGAGUGGGGCUCCGUACCGGAUGUGGCCCGUCAUUACAAAGCGAACGGAGUUAGAUGGGUUACAGUGGGUGAUGAGAACUACGGCGAAGGUAGUUCUAGGGAACACGCCGCUUUAGAACCACGUCAUUUAGGUGGUAGGGCGAUUAUUGUGAAAUCAUUUGCUCGCAUCCACGAAACUAACCUUAAAAAGCAAGGAAUGUUACCGUUAACUUUCGCCGAUCCGAAAGAUUACGAUAAAAUCCAACCCACCGAUAAAAUCAGUUUGUUGGGUUUGGCCAAUUUGAAACCGGGGGCGCCGGUUAAGGCGGAAAUAAAACAUCAAAAUGGAAAGAACGAAACGAUUAUGUUGAAUCAUUCGAUGAAUGAGCAACAAAUUGAAUGGUUCAAAGCGGGUAGUGCUUUAAAUAGGAUGAAAGAAUUAGCUCGUUAAUUAUAGAUAAAAAAAUGUAAUUAGUUUCUUUUUGUUGAUGUUUUAUUAAUAAUUAAUUUUAAAAAAAUUAUUGGAA